UCUGUCUUUUAAGUAUCACAGUGUUAAGACUUGUGUCAAGAUGCUUUUAUUUUGGGUCACUCUACUUGUUCUUCUUUGUCAAGGAAAUACCUUUGUUCCUGUCGUCACAGUUCAACUGGGACAACCUGUAACUUUGACAUGUUUAUUUACUGAGACGAUUCAGAGCAUCGGUUCGCUUCACUGGUACAGGCAGACAACAGGAGAUACUUUAAAAUUAAUUUCAAUGCUGCGUCAGAAUACAAACCCCAUUUAUGGACCAGGAUUUUCAUUCCCAAGUUUCCACACAACACAUGACAACAAAAUGUGCAAUCUGUCAAUCUUGAAGACGACUACAGAAGAUGAGGGAAUGUAUCAUUGUGCUAACAUUAACUGGCUUGAAUCUACAUGGAGCGGGAUUUAUUUAUUAUUAAAAGGAAACACCGAGACAACAUCAAGCUACCGUGUUGUUCAACAGGCAGCUGUUUUAGAUCCAUUCCAUCCAGCAGACUCAGAGACUCUGCAGUGUUCACUCUUCUCUGAGCCGGAGGGAAAGAAUUGUUCAGGAGAUCCCAGUGUGUUCUGGUUUAGAACCACAUCAGACAAGUCUUUUCCAGAACUCAUCUACACUGAUGGAAAAAUACCUGAAAAUUGUGAGAAGACAUCAAACGCUCAGAAGAAAUGUAGUUACAACUUCUAUAAGAAUGUGGCCUCCUCUGAUGUUGGGACUUAUUACUGUGCUGUGGCCACAUGUGGACAGAUAUUACUCGGAAACGGAACCAAAGUGGAAAUCGCUAAUUCAUCAAGGUCUGCAAAGUUGUUGGUGGUGACCACAGUGAUCUGCUUGGCCAUUUCUGUGAUAGUGAAUAUUGUUUUAAUCUGUUGUGGAACUCAAAGAACAUCACGCAUAAACUUUACAGAAAGCUGCUCUUCACAAGUACAGUACACGAGCCAACCAGAUGGUAUUACAGAAGAUGGAGAGCAUCUGACCUAUGCUGCCUUACAUUUCUCUACAGGGACGACGAACAAGAGAGAGUUGAAGACUGACGAAAGCAUCUAUUCAAAUGCCAGAGAAUCAAUUUCAAUGCAGUGAUAUUCAAUAAAUUAGAAAAUGUGUUCAGAUGUGGCUCGUUUGUCAGAUUUAAAGUACCCGUUGAAAAUGACAGCCUUUAAGCAGGUAUUAAACGUAAUAUUUAUUAAGCCGACAUUUCUGUAAUAAAAAUGUUUUCUUAUUGUUCUGAUGUAAUAUUCUAAUGUUAAAUGUCAUGUUUUCAUUAGCUGUAAGCAGAAAAUCAAUAUAAUUACCAGAAAUAAAUGCUUGAAAAUAUUGGUCAGUGUUUUAAAAAAAUCAACAGGAAAUAAGUUAACAAAAUAAAUGUACUUUUUA